AUGGACGGAAACCGGCUGGGUACUGGGCUUAUUUGGAGUCUAUUUAAGCAGGUGGCGCUUUGGAAUCGGUACGGUCACGUUGCGCUCUACGACGACACCGCCGUCAAGAACAGAUACCGAAUGCCCCUCGGUGUGCUCGCUGUCAUCGAUUCGGAGUAUCGGACGCGGAUCGUCGGCCAAAGCAUAACGGCGGACACCACAACGGACACUUUCCAGUGGAUGUUGAAGAGUGCGUUGGAGUCUCGCGGGGGGAAGCAGCCGGAUAUCUCCAUCCAGGACGCGGAUGCGGCGAUGACGGCGGCGGUGCGAGAGGUGUUCCCGGACGCGCUGGCGAGGCGCUGUUUAUGGCACCUCAACCAGAACAUCAUCAAGGCCCUCGCCAAAGUCCUUGGUGGGGACAUGAAGCCUUUCGUGGACGAGUUCAGGUGUGUGCAUCAGCAGCUGUCAUUGGCGAAGUUCGAACGGAAGUUCAACGCCCUCAUCGAAAAGUACCCGAAGGCGGAGAAGUACAUGCGAGUGGUACAUGACGACCGCGCACGGUGGGCGGAAUAUGUGUCGCCCCUGGUGUUCUCCGUGGGCCAAAACGCCCUCAUCAGGGAUAAGUGCAACUCGCGCUCCUCGCUUUUGGACGUGGCGAAGUACUUUUCGGUCAUUAUCUGUUCCCAGAAGGAUGCCGCCAUGCUUCGUGACGCCAUCGACCAUCUGCCGCCCAAUCGGAUGGCGGCUCCACCAGCGACCGCUUUCAAAAGUGUGCUCGAGUCCUGCGAGUUCUCCAUCGCGGGCUGGCCGCGGCGGUUCAUGGAGCAAGAGAUGACCGCGGCCAUCAUGUUUUGCCAGAUGGGUGGUGGGGAGGUGGAUGGACCAGAACGCGCGGCAGCUUUGGGGCGCACGUUCGAGUACAUCGAGGGCAAGCUUUGCGACGUCAUCAACGUCUUCGGGAUUCACGAGCAGCGUGAUGGCAAGGCCUUCGACUACCUCGUCUUGCUCUUUUCCGACGGUAGCCAUCUCUGCCAGUGCCGCACAAUGCGGGAGAAGUGGACGGGGCGGCGGGAGAGGGAGAGGGAGGGGGGGUGGGGGAAUGCAGCGGGAGGUAGAAGUCUUUCGUUGGGAGCAGCCAGACGGUGCAGACGGUCCUGUUGGACUUGAAGGAGAAGGGGCCCACGGACCAGGAUAGACAAGUGUUGUACGCCGACGUAACGA